AUGGCACCAUUCGGCACAAUCUGGUCUUACUCCCCCAGCCCUCGGGUCAUGAAGAUUCAGGCUGCAGGCAACAUCAAUGGCCUCGAAGUCGCCGUCACACCCGACUUCGUCAUGGGCCAGACCAACACCACCGAUGAAUUCCGGGCCAAGUUUCCCUUUGGCAAGGUCCCCGCCUUCGAGGGUGCCGAUGGGACCCUGUUGACCGAGUCCGACGCCAUCGCACAGUACGUCGCUGAAAGUGGCCCCGAGGCGGCCAGCCUGAUGGGCGCCACGCCGGCGGAGCGUGCCGCCAUCCGCCAGUGGAUCUGCUUUGCCCAGGGCGAGGUCAUCGAGCCCGUCACCCAGCUGGGCUUGUGGCGUCUCAAGUUCGUCCCCUACAACGAGGCGACCGAGAAGCAGGCUCUGCAGCGCAUCGAGCGCUCUCUGGCCUACCUGGAGUCGCACUUGAAGGGUCGCACGUGGCUCGUGGGCAACGACAAGGUCAGCAUGGCUGAUAUCACCGUGGGAUCCUCCUUGGUCUGGGGGUUUUCUCUGUCGAUCGAUGCCGAGAUGCGUCAGAAAUAUCCCGUCACAAUCGCCUGGUUUGAGCGUCUGAUUCAAGUCGACGGUGUGAAGCAAGCCUUUGGGGAACAGACCUAUGUCGAGAAGCGCCAGGAAUACGAGGGCUAA